GCAGGAUCAGGCAUUCAACACCCAGGACAAAAAUUCUUGAGUGCUCCCAUUAGUGCACUCUAGGGAGUAACGCACACUUGUACGUUUAGUAUUGACGAGAUUUUACUUGCACCAAACAGACUGGAGUAACUUGCGCCGUCAUGAAGACCCUGACAGUUCCCGUAAGCUCCAGGUGGACACUGUUGCUGAGCGCGUAUCUGACGCUGACUGCGAGCGCAGACUGUGGCGAAGACUGCGCGUACUGCUCGCAGCAACUGCCACUUCAACUCAUAAAAAUACACUCAAUAGAAUGCGUGGUGGAGUGUGAGGAGCAUCUGAGUGCAGGCAGCUCUUGGAGUUUGUGCAAACGUUUUAUGCAGAAUGCUGAUAACACUCCUGAGGGUAACCGAGCAUCCACAGAAACAGAACACUUGGACACCCAACAGCACCCAGUAGACAAAAAAUACGGUGGCUUCAUGAAGCGGUAUGGGGGUUUUAUGAAGCGUUAUGGAGGCUUCAUGAAGCGUUAUGGAGGAUUCAUGAAGAAGACUGCGGAGCUCUAUGGGCUGGAGCCAGAGGACGUUGACAAUGGCAGAGCAAUCCUGACUAAUCAUGAUGUUGAAAUGCUGGCCAAUCAAGUUGAGUCUGAUGGCAAGAGGGAGGAGGAGGCUUUGACAGACGUCCUUGAUUCAAAGGGAGAAGCACAGGGUGUAAAGGGUAUGGCAAAACGUUAUGGGGGCUUUAUGAAGAGGGGACAGAUUUAUGACUUGGAAAGUGGGGUUAAGGCACUACAAAAACGAUACGGGGGCUUCAUGAGGCGUGUAGGUCGACCACAGUGGUGGCAGGAGUCUAAACGCUAUGGAGGCUUCUUAAAACGCUCCCAAGAGGAAGAUGAAGAUGAAAAUUCAUCAGAGAUAGAAAAGAGGUAUGGUGGAUUCAUGGGAUAUUAAGAUGCUCUUUUCUCCUGUGCCCUAGUCCACUUCCUCUCUAGCCCCUUAGAUACCACCUGAGAACCAAAAGAGGAGACACGCUUUAAAUGUGCUCAUAAUGUUUUAAUGAAGUGUUUAUGUCUUUAUUGUGAUGAUAUGAUUUAAUGUGAAUAAGACCUAUUAAAGACCUCAAAGACCAUGUAUAUAUUGUCUUAACAUUACAUAACAAAUCUGAAUUAAAAUUUACAUUUACAAGUUGUGUAGCAGAUUUUAAUAAUCAGGAUUACCUACUUCUGACAAAUGCUGUAUCACAACCAUUUUCCUUUUUUAAUCAACACUACAAUUCUGGUUUGCAUGAGACAUUCAUUCAGUCUUAAAAGAGGAAGAUUUUAGAGAAAACGACAGACAUUUACUUUUCCAGUACAUGGUGAUUAUUUCUUCAUGACACUUGUCUUUUACACAGAUGUAUAUUUUUUGGGUACCAGUCUGAAUAUUGUCAUUUGCUGUAUAGCUUGAAUAAACAGCUCGAAACUGCA